AUGCCCUGGAAAAAACAUGCCUGUCCCUUUUGCCCAAAGAGAUUCAAAAUAACAGGUGAUCUCUGGCACCAUCUCGCCUCAUAUACCGGGGAGUGGCGGAUCCGCGCCGACGGGAAGCACGAUGUCCUGCAGAUCAACCAACUAUUUGAUCCCGGAGCCAUUGACAACAGCCCGUAUCGAUGUCCAUCUUGCCGGCAGAUUAUCUUCGGGCGCCAACGGUUUCAGGACCACAUCCGCGCUUCAGCCCAUGCCAAACUCAUCCCGCGGAGCCCUGACUGGAAUCGUUGGCAAGGGACAUGGGACCUCCUCAUUACCGAAGAAUCGGUGAAGAUCCGUCCCACCGCGGUACCGUUUCUGCGUUUUCCGUACGACAUCCGGAUCAUAAUAUACCGCUUCAUCUUGGUCCAUCAAGCGAUCGUUAUUCGAUCUGAGCCCAGUGUGGACAUCACACAAGAUCAGUUCCGACUUCGGCGCCAAUAUAACCCUUCUGGCAAUCCCCUUGCCCUAUUGAUCGCGAACCGGCAAGUAUAUGAGGAGGCACGGAUGGUCUUCUAUUCCCUCAACGCCUUCUAUUUCCUCUACAGCAGUUCUGUCCCCAUCUUUUUGGUGGGAAUUGGGCGUCACAAUGCAGUAUUUCUGCGCACUCUGCAUUGGAAUAUGGUAGCACCGACGAAGAAGUACCAGCAGACGAACAGCUUUCAGCAAAUGGCCAAGAACCAAAAGGCGAUGAUGCGGUCGUGGCUGGUUCCUUCAUCUAAAAAGGAUAUCUGGAAUGAUAGACAGAUGUAUGUAGAGCUACAGAAGGCGAUUCAGUGUCAUCUUCCAGGGGAAAAUGUCGUUCGACGGUGGGAUGCCGGGGACUUGGGCGUGUGGUUGGGUUGGCGGGUUCGCAGACGGUUCACGAUGCAGGUGGACUUUCAGCUUGAAGAUGCGUGGGUGCGGGGCCACGUUGAGAAAGGAAAUGCGAUGGAUGAGAAUGAGAAUGGGAAGGAGAAGGAGGAUAGUGAGAGUGAGAGUGAGAUGACAGACAAGAACAUUGAGAUGCAAUCAAACAGGGUCACCUGA